AUGGGCAAGUCUAAGAAUGCGACCAAGGCACUGACACAGGAGGAAAUCUGGGACGACUCGGCCCUCGUCCAGAGCUGGGACGAGGCGGUCGACGAGUACAAACUCUAUCACAGCAUCCAGGCCAAGGGAGAGAAUGUCGAGGACGUUCUAAGACAGGCCGAGGGCGCGGAACUCACCCCGGACGAUGCGCCGGGUCAAGACCCAAACAAGCUCGCUAAUGAGCCCAUGGAAACUGACGGCGAAGAGGCCGCCAUCUCCGGUGAUUCAUCAGAGGCUGUACAACCUCGACCGGGGGAGUCUUCACGGGGGAUCAAUUCUAUGGCCGAGGGUAUUUCACUGGGGGCAGCCAUGCCGCAGGCAGCGCUAUCGCAAGUGCAAGACGAAGGUCUGAAGAACCUGAUGAUGUCCUGGUAUUUCGCAGGGUACUAUACAGGCCUCUAUGAAGGACAACAGCGAGCAAAUCAGAACAAAAGCUCAUGA